CCCCCGAACAAGCGCAUUUAAUCAAACGUGUGGAAUUAUUUUGGCGACCGAAAAAUGACCGUGGCCUAGUCGUGUCAGGAUUAAAAGAAUACGAGUGAAAGGAGGAAAUACAUCCAACAUAUUCCAUCACCUGCCGGACAACCACCCGACGUUGUUGACCAAAGUAAAGGAUGAGACGUUCAGGUCUGUAGGACGGCACCGACUGGAGACAUGUUUUGAAGACGACACCUUCUGCCGCCAUGAAAGGUUUAGGAGCCAACCGCAGCCGCCACCUCUCCGACUCCUACGAACCAGCGGGAUGCUCCCAGAAGCCCCUGUGUUCUUUAAAUUCAGACCCCCACGGCUCCUUCCUGUUGAGUCCCACCAUAAACCACUACGGCACCCUGGACCAACACCUUCACCACUGCACCCCCACCAGCCCCACCAGCCUGACCCCCGAGUACCUGCUGCCCCUCAGCCAGAUGUCCAACAGCAGCACGUUCCCCCGUCUGCACUUCACCGCCCAGUCGGACCAGGUCGACUAUGGCCAGGGCUGUUUGGCCGGGGGUGGCACCGGACAGGGCAGCCGGUCGGGGACCCUCACCAACUCCUUAUCUAUGGGCAUGGGUUUAGGUCUGGGCCUCACCGGUGCGCCCAUGAUCACCAGCGGCUCGGCGACCAUCUCCUCCGCGGCAGCGGCCAAGAUGAACCGUCUGCCCAGCAACCUUCUGGAUCAGCUGGAACGACACCUGCCGCUGCACCGCGACGGCUUCAGCACGCUGCAGUUCCACAGGGGACGGAUGUCCAAGCAGCGCAGCGAGAGUCCCGGACGCAUACGGCACCUGAUGCACUCGGUGCAGAAGCUGUUUGCCAAGUCCCAGUCCUUGGAAAACUCUGCAGUCAAAGGCAGCUUAAAUGGGCGUUCCUCGGGGAGCGUGAUCGGGAGUUCGGGAGCUUCCGACGACGGUGGCGGUGGUAGACCGACGCGCAGAAGCAAGAGUAAAGACAGGGCUAAAACCGAGGGGCCCAAGGUGCGACCCAGGCCCCAUUCUCUGGGGCUGUGGAGCUCGGACGACGCUUUGGACUCAGACGCCAACAAGGCCGGCACUAUCGCCGUAGGUUACCGCAACCCGCUGAGCAUGAUGACUCUGGGCAGGGCUGUGUCGGACAGCCAGGCCGCUCCCAGACACAUCCCACAGGGCUACAACACCAUUUCUGCACAUUCUCUCAAGGCCUCCAAAAGCAGCAGCGACCUCAAGUUCCUGGCCUGCCAGGCGACACAGGUAGGAUGCAAGGACGCAGAGGGAAGAACUAAAGGGAGCAAGGACGAUACGGUGGUGAAGAGGGGCUCGUGGUCCACGCUGACCCUCAGCCAGGCCAGGCAAGUGUUACAGAAGGGUUCUGCUACAGUCAACAGGACUCUACUGAAAACCAAGUCAUGUCACCCAGACAUGACUCAGCAGUUUCUCCAGGUAGGAGGGCCAGUCCCGUUGGGUGAAUGGGCGGGAACUUUGGGUCGCGGCCAGGUCAGAGGGACGGAGAUUCCCUGUCGGAGGAUGCGUAGUGGCAGCUACGUCAAAGCUAUGGGGGACCUGGAGGACAGUGAGGAGUCAGAGGGGAGUCCAAAACCCUCCCCCAAAUCUGCAGCCCGUCGCCAAAGCUACCUGAAGGCGACUCAGCGCUCCCUGAGCGAGCAGCAGGCCCCGCCUCCUCCACGCAACUCCCUGCCGUCCUUGAAGGAGCUGUCGACCAAUCGGAGCCUGGAUAACUUGGACUGUCUGGUGAGCCCGCUGGAGGCCCCCCCGCGCCACAGGAACAACGACUACAGCCAAUGCUCGGGCACGUUGGGCAGAGGCUCCGACUCUCAGGUAUGCAGGCAGGGCUGUGUGUACUCGGUGCAGUACUGCGAGGUGGAGUCCCAGGCGGUGGAGGCUCUGGACCUGCCGGCUCCCACGUGCUUCCGGUCGCGCAGCCACAGUUACCUGCGGGCCAUCCAGGCGGGCUGUUCCCAGGAUGAAGACACGGCGUCCGUCACCUCGGACUCUCCACCACCCACCACCACCGCCAUCGGCUACAGCUACAGCUCCAACACCAGCAGCCUCAGACGGGCUCCUCCCCCGGUCCCGCCCCGCACCACUUCCAAGCCGCUCAUCUCAGUGACGCUGCAGAGCAGCACCGAAUCGGCCCAAGACACGUACCUUGACGAGCAGGACCGCGGCAGUGAGGCCAACAGCCAAUCGGGGUGCAGCAACUCCUCCGACAGUCUGUGCAGCAUCCGCACAGGCAGCCUGGCCAAGGGCGCCCAGCCGCCACCGGUUGCUGUUCCCGCCGCAACCACCGCAGGCGCCGUACCUCCUGUUCCGGCUCCGCGUGACCUGCCCCCGACUAUUACCGUCACCACAGCUAGCACUUCUACGUUGACGCAGCCCCAAAAUGACAUUGUGAUCCCCAGGGUCACCUUAGAUCAGCCCCCUACUGCACCAAAGAGGAAACUGUCCUCCAUCGGAAUUCAGGUGGAUUGCGUUCUUCCGACCUCCAGAGAGGAAAAACCAUCACUGACUGCUCCUUUAAAAUUUCAGUCAAUUGGAGUCCAAGUGGAGAACGGCAGGCCUCUCAGCCGGGACAGCAGCAUGGCCUCCAGACAAAACACUGAGAGUGAACCUCAGGAGCUCCAGGACGUGGACAACAAAACAGUCAACUGCACCAACAGCCAAACGGUCAACUCCACCGCGUCCAACGGACAGGACAAAGCCAUGGAACAGCUUUCUCUCAAACACACCUCAGCCCCGUCCAGGACGUCCACGUCACCGCCUCAGUCCCUGGACCCGGCCCUGGAUCCGUCCUCGCUGCCGCCGCCGGACCCCAGCCUGGAGACGGGGAACGGCAGCACCCACGGCGAUGGCCCUCACACGGGCACACCGGCCUGUCUCCGGGACGGAAACUGGUUUCUGAAGCUGCUGCAGGCGGAAACGGGCCGCAUGGAGGGCUGGUGUCAACAGAUGGAGCAGGAGACCAAAGACAACAAGCUGUCAGAGGAGGUUUUGGGGACGAUCCGCAGUGCAGUGGGCAGCGCUCAGCUCCUCAUGUCACAGAAGUUUGAGCAGUUCAGAGGGUUGUGUAAUGAAAACUUGAACUUGGACGCCAACCCACGGCCAACAGCACAGGACCUGGCCGGGUUCUGGGAUCUGCUCCAGCUCUCAAUAGAAGACAUAAGUAUGAAGUUCGAUGAGCUCUACCAACUGAAGGCCAACAACUGGCAGAUCCCAGAGAAGUCAGAAAAGAAGGACGACAUCAAACAUACUCCAUCAUCCGUGCCAAAGAAGCAGUCCAAACCCAAACUGUCAGCGGGGAAGGACAGGAGCGUGGACUCGGCCGUGGACAAGCAGCGACAGGAAGCUCGGAAACGGCUGAUGGCAGCAAAGAAGGCGGCGUCGGUUCGGCAGAACUCGGCCACAGAAAGCGCUGACAGCAUUGAAAUCUACGUCCCCGAGGCCCAGACUCGCCUCUGAGUGAACCAUUCCCAACAAUCCACGAAAACUCUGACUGGAGUCAAACACUCACUGACGGAACAACGAAGCUGAGACACACACACACGCACACACACACACACAUAUAUGAACACGAGCCGAUUCCUCACAGCAGCGCGGCCGCCAACGGCGGGACAUAUUUGGGCAUCACAGGGCACGGACACGCUCCCUUCAGAGUAAUGCAGUUUCUAAACCUCCCAGCAGGGGGACGGACGUUCAGUACUAUUAUUGUCAUUGUAACCAUGGACAUGAGUAGAGUUUUUAUCUCCUGAAGUACGUAUAUACAGACUGUCUUAAAUGUGCAAGUAUCUCCAGUAAGUACUACUUCAGUACUUUGUACCCUGGUAUUCCAGUCUACUGGUUCACCAACACACACCCAUACACACACACAUACACGCACAAAUACACACAUACACACUCAGACACACACUCAGGACACACACAUGCAGGUGUACUCACUGUCCACAGAGUCUUCCUGUUCUCUGCUUGUACUGGGCUGCCACCUGCUGGGUGUGGUGUGUACACGUUACUGUGUGAGGAUCUGGCAGGGGA